AGAGCUGAGAUCUAAACGAUGGCUUUCUUCCAAAUUCUAACCAUUGUUGCAUUCAUUCUUGUAGCCAAACCUAGCACGAGUUCAUCAGCUUGUGAAAAUUCUACCAUCUCCACCAACUUCAGCCAAACCAAGAUCAAUUAUAGAGAAACAAGCAAUCGAUCAAAAACUUCCACAGAAAGCUUCAAAAACUACAUCAAAACCUCUUGCAACUCAACCACAUAUCCAUCAAUAUGCUACAGCAGUUUAUCCCCAUAUGCUGCAAAAAUUGAAGCAGAUCCUACGAAGCUGUGCAGUGUGUCUCUCUCCCUGGCAUAUAAGGCAGCAAAAAGUGCAUCCACCACCAUAUCAAAGAUUCUGAAGAAAAACAACAUGACAGGGAUUGCCGAACAAGUGGUGCAAGAUUGCUUUGGCAAUGUGAAGGACUCCAUUGGUGAGCUCAAAGAUUCCCUUGAUUCCUUGGGCCAUUUGGAUGGUGCUGACAGAAAGUUUCAGAUCAACAACAUAAAGACAUGGGUGAGUGCUUCCAUCACCGAUGACCAAACUUGCUCAGAUGGCUUUGAUGAGAUGAAUGUGGAUUCAACUUUCACAGAAAAAAUCAGAAACCUUGUUUUGGAUGUGGCAAGGAAGACCAGCAAUGCUUUGUAUUUCAUCAACAACAAUUUGUACUGAUUAUUAGCAUUGCAAUAAGUUUCUUUUCUUUUCCUUUUUUACUUUGGUUGAAAAGGGUUUUCAAUUGUAUUUUGUUU